CUUUGUAGCGCCGGGCAGAGAAGGAGACUGUUGUCGUUUUUCCCCCGGCUCGGUCCGCCGCUUCGUCCUCGCAGACAUGUCGGGGUUCAGCCCGGAACUUAUCGACUACCUGGAAGGGAAAAUCUCCUUUGAAGAGUUCGAAAGGCGGAGAGAAGAGAGAAAAACCCGGGAGAAGAAAAGUGUUCAAGAUAAAGGAAAACCGGCUCCCGAAGGAAACCCAGAUGACUCUGAAGUUCCAUCAUCAUCAGGAAUUGACUCUGCCAAGUCCCUGGACAAAAAUGGCAAUGAAGGAGAAACAUCAGACGGAGUGAGCAAGUCAGUUCACAAAGUCUUUGCUUCCAUGCUUGGGGAGACUGAAGAUGAUGAAGAGGAAGAGGAAGAGGAGGAGGAAGAGGAGACAUCUGAGCAACCCACUGCAGGCGAUGUAUUUGUGUUGGAGAUGGUUCUAAACCGUGAAACCAAAAAAAUGAUGAAAGAGAAGAGGCCUCGGAGCAAACUCCCUAGAGCCCUGCGAGGCCUCAUGGGCGAAGCCAACAUUCGUUUUGCUCGAGGAGAACAUGAAGAGGCCAUAUUGAUGUGCAUGGAAAUCAUACGACAAGCCCCUUUGGCUUAUGAGCCGUUCUCUACACUUGCCAUGAUAUACGAGGAUCAAGGUGACAUGGAGAAAUCAUUGCAGUUUGAGUUGAUUGCUGCACAUUUAAAUCCCAGUGACACAGAAGAAUGGGUUAGGCUGGCAGAAAUGUCUCUGGAACAAGAUAAUAUUAAGCAGGCUAUUUUUUGCUAUACAAAAGCUCUUAAAUGUGAACCUACUAAUGUCCGUUACCUGUGGGAGAGAUCAAGCCUUUAUGAGCAGAUGGGUGAUCAUAAAAUGGCCAUGGAUGGCUAUAGGCGUAUCUUAAAUCUUUUGUCUCCAUCUGAUGGAGAACGUUUUAUGCAGUUGGCUAGAGAUAUGGCGAAGAGUUACUAUGAAGCCAAUGAUAGUACUUCAGCUAUAAGCAUAAUUGAAGAAGCUUUCUCCAAACACCAAGGCUUGGUCUCCAUGGAAGAUGUUAACAUAGCAGCUGAAUUAUAUAUCUCCAACAAGCAGUAUGACAAAGCUCUGGAGGUAAUUACAGAUUUUUCUGGAAUUGUCUUAGAAAAGGAGACUCUGGAAGAAGGCACCUCAGAAGACAGUAAAGCUGCCGAGACCGUUACCUGCUCCAUACCUGACAGCGUGCCAAUAGAUAUCACGGUGAAGCUGAUGGUUUGCCUGGUGCAUCUCAACAUCCUUGAGCCGCUCAAUCCGCUCUUGACGACACUGGUGGAACAGAAUCCUGAAGACAUGGGUGAUCUCUAUCUCGAUGUUGCCGAAGCGUUUCUGGAUGUUGGUGAAUAUAACUCGGCCCUUCCCCUGCUCAGCGCACUGGUUUGCUCUGAGAGGUACAACCUUGCAGUGGUUUGGCUUCGACAUGCAGAGUGUUUGAAGGCCUUGGGCUACAUGGAGCGCGCUGCUGAGAGCUACAGUAAGGUGGUGGAUCUGGCCCCGCUCCAUCUGGACGCCAGGAUCUCCCUUUCCACCCUGCAGCAGCAGCUCGGCCGGCCUGAGAAGGCGCUGGAAGCCCUGGAGCCCAUGUAUGACCCAGACACCUUAGCUCAGGACGCAAAUGCUGCACAGCAGGAGCUUAAGUUACUGCUUCAUCGCUCUACCCUGCUGUCCUCACAAGGCAAAAUGUACGGCUACCUGGACACCUUGCUCACCAUGCUAGCCAUGCUCUUGAAGGUUGCCAUGAAUAGAGCCCAGGUGUGUUUGAUAUCCAGUUCCAAGUCUGGAGAACGACAUCUCUACCUCAUCAAGGUGUCAAGAGAUAAGAUAGCAGACAACAAUGAGCAAGACACAUCAAAUUACGAUGCAAAAGCAAUAUUUGCUGUGCUCACAAGUGUCUUGACAAAAGAUGACUGGUGGAGCCUUCUCUUGAAGGCCAUAUACACCUUGAGUGAUUUGUCCCGAUUCCAGGAAGCUGAGUUGCUUGUGGAUUCUUCCCUGGAAUAUUAUUCAUUUUAUGACGACAGACAGAAGCGCAAAGAGCUGGAAUACUUUGGUCUGUCUGCUACAAUUCUGGACAAAAACUUCAGGAAGGCAUAUGACUAUAUCAGGGUGAUGGUAAUGGAAAAUGUCAAUAAGCCCCAGCUGUGGAAUAUUUUCAACCAAGUUACCAUGCACUCCCAAGACGUAAGACAUCAUCGCUUCUGUCUCCGUCUGAUGCUGAAAAACCCAGACAAUCAUGCUCUGUGCGUUUUAAAUGGACACAAUGCAUUUGUGUCUGGCAGUUUCAAGCAUGCACUUGGACAGUAUGUACAAGCCUUCCGCACCUAUCCCAGCGAGCCUCUCUACAAUCUCUGCAUAGGCCUGACCUUCAUUCACAUGGCGUCUCAGAAGUAUGUGUUGAAGAGACAUGCGCUGACUGUGCAGGGCUUUUCCUUCCUUAAUCGAUACCUCAGCAUACGUGGGCCUUGCCAGGAAUCUUUCUAUAAUUUGGGCCGUGGCCUGCAUCAACUCGGACUGACUCACCUUGCCAUCCACUAUUACCAGAAGGCUCUGGCUCUCCCUCCACUCGUGGCCGAGGGCAUAGAUGUUGACCAGUUAGACUUACGAAGAGAUAUUGCCUACAACAUGUCUCUCAUUUAUCAGAGCAGCGGGAACACUGCGAUGGCUCAAAAGCUUUUGUAUACCUACUGUGUCAUAUAAGCAGCGUAACUGAGGGCACUGUAUGGACCAGUAUCUUCUGCUGAAAGCCUGUUACUCUUGGUGAUAAAAAGGCAGUCAUCACUGCUUGCUACCAUUACAGCCGCAGCUUUGAUGCAGGUGGUCUAGCUCAGCCAAGGCUGCCUGCCUGCUUCAUAUGCACAAGGCCGAGAUUCAAGCCAUAGCCCUUGGAACACCUAAACACUGCGUUUAUCUCUGGAAUAUAUGCAAAGUUACCAUUCCUAUGAGAAUGUACAUAUUACUCUGUUGUUUUUCUUUAGCUUUCUACAAUAAAAUUAUUCCUAACACUGAAAUGGACAGUAUUAGCUUCUAAGUCAGUUGGAACG